UGUCACUGGUAGUGAGGUGGCAGAUGUAUGCUGGAUAGGUGGGAUGGGAAUAGGCUCAAUGGUGUCCCUCCUAAAUGCAGGGGUGCACUGACAACUCAUGGGGCCAGCGGGCAAUAGGGGAUCAUGGGGCCCCUGUGUCCUUGCCCAAACUCAAAAAAAGCCUAUGAAAAAGGUACCAGGGGCAUCUCAUGGGGCCCACUACUGACCCCGGGCCCUCGGGCAGUGCCGGAGUUUCCAAAUGGUCAGUCCGCCCCUGCCACUGACCCACUCCAA